AUGGCGCAGCCGUUCGUGAAGAAAGACGAUGAUCGCGACGAGGAAGCGGAUUACUCUCCAUUUUUGGGGAUUGAGAAGGGAGCGGUACUACAGGAAGCUCGGGUUUUUAAUGACCCCCAGUUGGAUGCAAGGAGAUGCUCUCAGGUCAUCACGAAGCUUCUGUAUCUUCUGAAUCAGGGAGAAACAUUUACCAAGAUUGAAGCUACAGAAGUGUUUUUUGCGGUUACGAAGCUGUUUCAAUCCAAGGACAUUGGUUUGAGAAGGAUGGUCUAUCUAAUGAUAAAGGAGCUUUCUCCUUCUUCAGACGAGGUUAUCAUUGUUACAAGCUCCCUAAUGAAGGACAUGAAUAGCCGAACUGAUAUGUACCGAGCAAACGCUAUUCGUGUGCUUUGUCGGAUUACGGAUGGAACACUUCUAACUCAAAUUGAGAGAUACCUAAAGCAGGCCAUUGUGGACAAAAAUCCUGUGGUUUCCAGUGCUGCACUUGUGAGUGGGAUCCAUCUUCUACAGACAAAUCCAGAGAUAGUCAAAAGAUGGAGUAAUGAAGUACAAGAAGCUGUCCAAUCUCGGGCUGCACUUGUUCAGUUCCAUGCACUUGCUCUGCUCCACCAGAUAAGACAGAACGAUCGGUUGGCUGUCAGCAAGUUGGUUACCAGCUUGACCAAGGGGACUGUCCGUUCUCCUUUGGCUCAAUGUCUUCUGGUUCGCUAUACUAGUCAGGUUAUAAGAGAAUCGGGUGUCAAUACCCAAACAGGAGACAGGCCAUUCUAUGACUAUCUCGAAGGUUGUCUCCGUCACAAAACUGAAAUGGUCAUCAUCGAAGCAGCUCGUGCAAUCACAGAGUUGAACAACGUCACCACCAGGGAACUCACUCCUGCCAUAACUGUGUUACAGCUUUUCUUAAGUUCUUCUAAGCCCGUAUUAAGGUUUGCGGCUAUCCGGACAUUGAAUAAGGUGGCGAUGACACAUCCCAUGGCUGUAACCAAUUGUAAUAUUGACAUGGAAAGCUUGAUCUCAGACCAGAAUAGAAGUAUUGCAACUCUUGCCAUUACCACUCUACUGAAAACAGGCAAUGAAUCUAGCGUCGAUCGACUGAUGAAACAGAUCACCAAUUUUAUGUCCGAUAUUGCUGAUGAAUUCAAGAUUGUUGUCGUGGAUGCUAUAAGAUCGCUGUGUUUGAAAUUCCCUCUCAAAUACAGAUCCUUGAUGAAUUUCUUGAGCAGUAUCUUGAGGGAAGAGGGUGGUUUUGAUUACAAAAAGGCAAUUGUCGAUACAAUUGUUAUCUUAAUUAGGGAUAUUCCAGAUGCCAAAGAAAGUGGGCUGCUGCACUUAUGUGAAUUUAUUGAGGACUGUGAAUUCACAUAUCUUUCCACCCAGAUACUUCACUUUCUCGGUAAUGAGGGACCCAAGACCUCUGAUCCCAGUAAAUAUAUCCGAUAUAUCUAUAAUAGAGUAAUACUUGAGAAUGCUACUGUACGUGCCAGUGCUGUCAGCACAUUGGCGAAGUUUGGGGCCACAAUCGACUCCCUGAAACCCCGCAUAUUUGUUCUGUUGAGGCGUUGCCUAUUUGAUACUGAUGAUGAGGUCCGAGACCGAGCUACAUUGUACUUGAAUACACUUGGAGAUGGUUCGGUUGCUGAAACUGACAAAGAUGUGAUUAAGUUUUUGUUUGGCUCGCUAGAUAUACCUUUAACAAAUAUUGAAACCAGCUUGAAAAAAUAUAUCCAGGAUCCUACGGAAGAGCCUUUCGAUAUUAAUACCGUACCAAAAGAGGUCAAAUCUCAGUCUCUUGCAGAAAAGAAAGCCCCUGGUAAAAAGCCAACCGGUUUAGGGGCACCAUCUUCUGGUCCCAUUUCCCAAAGUGAUGGUUAUGAAAAACUUCUAUCCUCAAUCCCUGAAUUUGCAAGUUUCGGAAAGCUUUUCAAGUCAUCCAUACCAGUUGAGCUUACAGAAGCUGAAACUGAAUAUGCAGUUAAUGUUGUCAAGCACAUAUUCGACCGCCACGUGGUGUUCCAGUACAACUGCACUAAUACAAUACCAGAACAGCUACUUGAAAAUGUGACUGUCAUUGUGGAUGCCUCUGAAGCCGAGGAGUUUUCAGAAUUGGGAGCAAAACCUUUAAGGUCCCUCCCAUAUGACACACCAUCACAAACAUUUGUGGCAUUUGAGAAGCCUGAAGGUGUCCCAGCAGUUGGGAAAUUCUCAAACGUGUUGAGGUUUACGGUUAAAGAGGUUGACCCCUCUACUGGUGAGGCUGAAGAUGAUGGUGUGGAAGACGAAUAUCAGCUCGAGGAUUUUGAAAUUGUUUCUGCCGAUUAUAUUCUGAAAAUUGGGGUUUCUAACUUCAAGAAUGCCUGGGAAAGUCUGGGCUCGGAUGGUGAGCGUGUUGAUGAAUACGGGCUGGGACCUCGUGAAAGCCUUGCUGAAGCAGUGAAUGCAGUCAUCAAUCUUCUCGGCAUGCAGCCUUGUGAGGGUACUGAGGUGGUCCCAAGCAACUCGAGAUCACAUAUGUGUUUGCUCUCGGGCGUGUACAUAGGAAACGUGAAGGUUCUUGUGCGGUUAUCGUUCGGUAUCGAUGGGUCGAAAGAGGUGGCUAUGAAGUUAGCAGUGAGAUCUGAAGAUGAGAAAGUUAGUGAUGCCAUUCAUGAAAUAGUUGCCAGUGGAUAG